UUUUCAGAACACUUUUCAUAUGCCAGUGGUUCCAGUACCUGCGCAGGACUGGGGUGAAACCUGCCUGAGAUUCUGCCUUGAUGCUCCUCCUUCCUUCCCUCUACGGUUUCACCAAACAGAGCGCUCCUGCUGCUCUUCUCUUCUUUCUUUUCUUGGCACUUGCCCACAGGACAACACAGAGCAGGGACCGCAGAGGAGCAGCUAUGGUGUAAGGAUCCGGGCACCCAUGGCAGCUCAGCUCGGAUGUGCUCCACCAACGUGUCCUCACCCUCAUCCCUUUUAACUGCGGUUUGGCUUUGCCCUGCUGAGCUGCAGCCACGCCUGAGGAUUGCAGCGUGGACACACCUUUAAUUCUGGCUUGUCUUUCAUCCCCAGUGCUUGGGAGGUGUGGGAUGGGAACUUGAAAGGAUGUCCUGGUGGGGAUGGGGGAGGCUUCAUAUUUAGCUCAUUUUUGAAGGGCAGCAAACAACUGCUUUGUUUUCCUGGUUCUGAUUGUUUUGGGGCUCAUCAGGAUAUAGGGGCGGGAGCUGAGAGCAGCUCUCCUGGGUAAUCCCAGCCUAGGUCCUGAGUCACCUGCAGCCGGUGAUGUCCAGCAGCACUGGGUGCGGGCAUCACCAGGAAACAGCCGAUGUGGGUGUGAACUGUCCCUCUUCUUCCUGCUUCUUCCAGGCGUAACCACCUCGCAGGACCAUGCACUAUUAUGGGGAGAGGUACAAACCUCUGUACCUGCCGGGCUCCAGCUAUGUCACCGAAAGCCACCAGCAGUGCACAUCCCAGCCUGACGCGUGCAGCACCACGUGCCACCCGCUGAGCAUCAUCAAGAGCCCGAUGCCCAGAUGGCAGAGCUCUGCACAGUCUUUCACCUACGUGUACUCUCAGCCCAGCGUGACCCACAGCACGCUGCUGCCCUGCCAGCCCUGCAUGCAGCAGUGCGUCGUGCUGUGCCCCGAGCCCUGCGAGACCACACAUCUGCUGCCCUGCAGGAAGCCAAGCGUGCGGCUCAGCCCCGCUCAGGUUCUGCAGUCCUGCGAGAACGGCCACUUGGAGAAGAAACGUGUGGCCAAAAGCCUCCCACCCUGCGCUCCACGGUGCCCGGAGCCGGGCAAACUCAGGUUCCCACCGUGUGGGAUCAGGUACUCGUCCUCCUGCAAGGAUGAGUGCAGGUCGAGGAAGGUCUCCAGGUGCUCGUCGCAGCGGUACGGCGCGGAGCACCGCUGCCUGCAGGGGAUGACCAGCGGCUACUCCCUGCCACUUCGGGGAGUCACCGAGUGCCCCCCGCAGCAGUGCGUGACACAGUGCUUCCUGGAGGAGUGCAUCAGCCCCUUCCCCCACCAGAGGUGCUCCAAGGGGUACCCGACGCAGGAGUGCAUCACCACCAGCACCCCACAGCAGGUGCCCAAGUGCCCCCCCGGGAGCGGGAUCAAGGGGAGCUCAUCCCAGCAGCGCCUGGCCAAGUGCUCGCUGCUGCAGGAGGGAGCCAAGCACAAGAGCUCAUCAACCCAGCACAUCAGCAAGUCCAAGUGCCUCCACCAGUGUGCCACCCAGUGCUCUCCACGGCACCACGCGGGGGACGUGAAGCGUUCGAGCCACUCCAAGAAGAGCCGCUGUGCUUCCAAAUGGCUCUGGUGAAGGGGCUGAAGGGGCUGUGACAACAGCAAGCCAUGUAGCUGGGGCCUGAGGUUGUAUUUUCCCCUGUUCCUAACCCUUGAAAGUGCUUUGCCCACUCUUCCCCUUAUUGUAAUCAAUGCUAACCUUGUAGGUGUGUUCCCUUCCUUCCGUGGUUCCCCUGUAGUUACUCCUGCAACAGAAAGCACAUUAGUGAGACACUAAGUAGCUCUGAGCAGGUGCUCAGAUUUGAGCUUGAAGCUGAUACAACUCUGUGAUGGUGUUUGCACUCCAAGAGGUUGUUACUGUUACUUCAUCAGUGAUUUUCACUGGUUGUACCCAUUGCAUUAAAUCUCAGGUUACAGCCAGAUCCCUGCUGUCUGCUGUCUCAGUCAUUUUCCCUUUUUUUCUUCUUCAUUUUUUUUUUUCUUUUUACACUGUUUCCAGCACUACCUGAUGAAACUACUCCCUGUUGUUGCUCUUCUUCUGUGUGUAAAAUAAAGACAGCAAUCUCGCUGCUAGGACUAGAAAGGCUUACAGCUGUGGGAACAGAUCCUCGAGCUGGAAAGUUGGCCGGAGACGCAGCAAAAGCAGCAGCUCAGGCUGCAAUUCAGAGGAAGGCUUCAUUAGUGCAAUGAGACUCAUCAGCAGUCGUCUUUCUUAAUUUCACUGCUGCUGAGCAGAUUAUGAAAUGGGUUCUGUGGGACACCCCCUGGGGUAGCAGAGGUGGGAGGGUGAUGCCCAAGGUCCUUGUGAUGCUGUGACCCCGGGCUGGCUCUGUCUGCUCUGAAAAUGAUCAGCAUCAACCGUCUGCGGUGACGAAGCUGCAAGCAGGGACAAACAACUUGCAGCUCCAGCUGUUACCACGCGAGGACAUCUUCCUAGAGAGCAGUAAUUAGUGACCUUGCUUGAUCAAUAUUUCGCCUAGCCGGUAUAUACACGAGGUCCCAAGGCACACCGCCCUGUUCACCUCAGCAGAGCAGUGCAGGCAGUGGCCCUCUGCCACCACCUAAAGGCUCUUUCCAGUGCUGCCUUACUGCUGAGCUGUGUCUUGGCUGCUAACCUCCUCCUGGCCCCUUGGCUUCUUCUGCAGCACCACAAAACCCCACCGAGCAGGAUUUCCAUGGACUCCUUUUUCUAAUAAAGUGACAGAUUUGCCCAUACAGAGGGACCGAUGCUACUUGCAGUCCUCCCACAUUCGGAGUGUUGUUUGCUGCAGGGAGAGAGCAUUCAUUCUGGGACGUGAUUUAGCAGUGGGUUGGCAGAGUUAGGGUAGUAUGGUUAGGUUGUGGUUGGGCUUGAUGACCUUGAAGGUCUUUUCCAAGCUGAGCAAUUCUAUGAUUUUAACUUUAACCCUGGGGAAUUAAAUGCAAAGAGAAGAACCUGAGCGAGCUCCUGACGGCCUCCCCUGGCUCGAUCCCUGUCCUGUCCCAUCUCCAUGCACAGCCUGGCUCCUCUCCAUGCAGUGCUCAUCAGAGAGGCUUGGGGACUGCAACCCUGCAAGCAGACAGAGCUCCACAGCUCACGAGGGGAAGCUCUGCCACCUGCAUUUGUGCCACUUGCACAGCUCAGAGGGCUUUACUGCUCUCAGCUGCUCUUAGAACCAAAGGGCCCAGCUUUCCUUUUGGUUUCCAUGAGAAAGACCAGCAGAAGGAGGUUUCCUUUUAAAAAUCAGAGGUUGUUUCUGCGCUUUUUGCUUUUGACAGAGGGUUUGGGCUUUGAUAAAUAAAAAAGCUGAGCUUUCUAAGCAGCCAUUAAAUUGUGCCUGGACAUUUUAUAUCGUUUUCUUGGUGAGAGAAAGUAAAAUAACUUUGUCAUGCAGAUAGCAGCUGGAGAGAGGCUGAAGAGCCCCAGAUGCCUUUGGCCACUUUGCUCACCCUCACAUGGCCCCUGCUGUAUCCCAAGUGAGAAAGCAUCGUCCCCCCUCUUCCCUAAGCUGCCCUGGCAGCAGAUCCAUGCUCCAUCAAUGUCAGCGGCUUGGAUCUGCUCACAGAGAGCUCAGGAGCACUGCAGAGAGCUGGAGGCCCUGAAGGUGAGGUGGCCCUGAAAGUGACAUGGCCCUGGUGGCCCUGAAGGUGGCAUGAGGCAGUGCUGCAUCCUUGUGGCGGUGAAAGCCAACCACAGGCUUCGUGAGCCAGAGUGUGGGCAGGAGGAAAGUGAUGAUUUGCCUUCCACUGGCAUUCAGAAAGCCACAUCCAGACCUCAGCAUCUGUCUCUGGUUGCUCAGCUGGGCACUGGCAGCGAUCCGGGUUGGUGGGAGUGAGAGGAGAUGCUGGGAGCUCGGUGGGUUUGCCUUAUUUCUGCCUUCAUCCAUCACAUGAGGGCUGAGUGAGGAUGGGCUCUUCUCUGAUGUACACAGCAACAGGGUGGGCUACUAAGCAGCUUUCUCUGUGUUCAGUUUCACUUGGCACAGCCUUCCAAAUCCUAGCAUAGGAUGCCCCAUCCAGGCAAGCUCCACAGUGCCCAUGUUAUUAAUUGGUGCAGGAUGACCAGGGCUGUGUUGCUAAGCCCAUCCCCAAGUUGUGGUUUUGUGCAGAUGGCAUAGUAACAUCUAGAAAUGGAACAGAUGGGGAGGUGUCAAUGAGUUUCCCAUUUGAGUAUUUGUUUGCUCGACAGGUAAAGCAGCAUAGAAACAGGAAUUUCCAUUUUUUUUCUGAAGAACACGAAGAAAUUAGGGCAAAUUAUCUGCCACCCUUAUAAGGGCUGUUCUCCAUGGGGAACCAGGAAUCCUGGCUCUGGCUUUCCAGAUAACUUAGUGUGAACUUUUCGUUAUCUUUUGUGAAAGAAUGGGAAAAAUAACCCUGACAAUUGAGACUGGUGAGGUGAGGUUGCCACACAGCAAGGAAUGUCAAAGCGUUUCAAAAAUAUUCAUUAUCGUCUUAUACACGCGAAGAGUUUUAUCAUUAUACUAUUAAUAGCAUGUUAGCUGAGAUAAACACCUCAGGGCUGAGUAAUAGCACCUUAAGAAUAUGCAUUUUUUGAUUGAAGUGCCUACGCUGUUCCCACAAACAGGAUGUUGUUUUGGGCCCUGAUAACUCAUGGCAUUUUGCAUUUUCAUUAAGCGUUGCAUUUCUGUUUGCAAUCAAAAGCAAUCAUCUCAAAUGGGUUAGAAUAGCUUCUGCCCAUAUCCCCAGACACCAAUAUCUGCAUCCCCCCAGCGUCCAAGCCGUUCAGCUGAACCCUUCCUGAAAGAGUUUAUCACAUCCACUGUUCAGAGUCUCCGUAGAUAAAGACUCCAUGACAUCUCUUAGCAAUUCCUGCAUGUCAGUAAUCACGUGAUUAAUCAAAUUUCCCCCCUGCUUAACUCUCUGUGAUGCACUUUUAGCCCAUGACUACUUCUCUCGUCUUCAGCAACUGAAUGCUUUCAUUUUGGUACCUACCAUUGAUCUGCAGACAUUCUUACCUUAUCUCCCUUCAGUUUUCUGUUCUGUAAGUGGACAUCCUUCAGGAUUAAGCCUUUUAAGCUCCUGAUCUCAGUGACUGGUGCCAUGCUUUCACCAGCUGGCUGGUACCUAGAGCAGGAGAGGGGAUCCCCGGGCAGAAUGUCAGCCUCCAUCUAUAAAGCCGUGACAACAGUUGGGGAAACAAGGAGCAGGAACCAAGUAACCAUUGCCACCAAAAUUGGGGAUGUGAAGUCAGCAAAAGUCUGCUCUCCCCUCCUCUGCGGCGCUUACAGGGAUGAACACCACGCUGCCCCCAUCUAAGUGCUAUGGUGGGUGUAGGGGCCUGAAUUAAGAACCCCAUCCCCUGGAGCAUAUCAUGCUGCACAUCUGCAAUGCUUCGUUUGUCAUCUGCAAACCACUGCUUGCACAGUCAGCAUUGAAACCAAAUCCAGAAGAACUGGAGCGCGGUGCAUUCCCACACUAACAUAGGCGGAAGUGGGACAAUCACAUCAGGAACUAAUUCAGACCAUAAAGAUACACGGGGGAACCCUGCAGCAUGUAACAGUAUGUGCUGCUGAGAAUUGAAUAAUGUCGGUAAACAAUGUUACAAUAAUUAUAGUAAUUACAAGUGUUACACAUGCGGGAAAAAUUGUUUGGAAAGUAAUUAAGACCUCAUGCACAUGUCUCAUCUUCCUGGAAGUUGAAGAACGAAUAUAAAACUCAAAGGAUUCAGAGCUCUUCUGGCCAUUUCUCUUGACUUCCUCCUGGACAGCUGGUAAGUCCCAUUCACCUCUAUCUAAUUACAUCAAACAAGAUGUUGCUUUACCA